AUGGGGGAGAACAAGAUCCCACUGCACCUGAUGCUAGUCACAUAUCUGUUCUAUCUUAUUGUUGUUCUGCUGGGCCAUGCCAGAGAUACAUUUGGAAAACUGUUUUUUCCGAGGAUGUACAAAAGAUAUAAGCUGGACAAUGGAAAAGUGCCACUGUAUGGUAGUUUCGAGAGCUUCUUCAGCCGCAGGAUAUUCCGAAGAGGCCGGGACUGCUGCGAACGGCCUAUUGCUGGUGUUCCCGGAAGAUAUGUCACGGUUCUAGAGAGGAUAUCUGAGGACUACAACGAGACCUUUCGAUUUACAGGAAGAAAGCUAAGGCUACUUAAUCUUGGAUCAUACAACUAUCUUGGAUUCAGCAGCAACGAGGGCCCAAUUGUGGAGAAGGUUGUGGAUGUGGUGCGGCAGUAUCCUCUUGUGAUGACGGCGCCAACCAGAGAGGUGGGUUGCUACGGCAUAAUCAGAGAGCUGGAAGAGGAAAUGGCAUCUUUCCUAUACCAGGAGGAUUGUAUGGUGUUUUCGAUUGGAUAUGGCACAAACUCUUCAAACAUACCUGUGAUAUGCGAAGAAGAAACACUUAUCUUGUCUGACGAGCUCAACCAUGCGUCGCUGAUAACGGGAGCAAAGAUAAGCAAGGGGGUUAUAAGGGUGUUUGAGCACAACAACAUGGAGGAUCUAGAGAGCAAGCUGGUCUUCAAUAUCUCGCAGGGGCAGCCUUUGACACACAGAGCAUGGAAGAAGAUCAUUGUGAUUGUGGAGGGAAUUUAUUCGAUGGAAGGGACGGUUGCAAACAUGAAAAGGCUGGUUGAGCUGAAGAAGAAGUACAAGUUCUACAUAUUUGUGGAUGAGGCACACUCUAUAGGAGCGCUGGGUGCCACUGGACGGGGCGUCUGCGAGCACACAGGAGUAGACUUCAAGGAAAUCGACAUCUUCAUGGGAACGUUUACAAAAUCCUUUGGAGGAAUGGGAGGAUAUAUAGCGGGGUCGAAGAAGCUAAUAACAUGGCUGAGGUUCUACAGCGACCUUUCUCUUUAUGGAGACCAGAUACCUCCGUUUGUAUGCUCGCAGAUAUUGGAGAGUCUAAGGUGUAUAAAGUUUACGGAGCUCGGGAGGCUGAGGAUCGAAAAGCUUAGGUCGAACACUGUCCUCAUGAGGCAGAGCCUUGUGAAUGCAGGCUUUUUUGUGCUUGGAGAUGAGUUUUCUCCGGUCAUCCCCAUUCUCGUUGUUUGCCCUGGGAAGCUAGCUGAGUUUUCGAGGCUAUGCAUGGAUGAAGGAAUCGGAGUUGUUGUUGUUGGGUAUCCUGCAACGCCUAUACUGACGAGCAGGGUCAGACUGUGCAUUUCUGCGUCCCACAGCACCGAGGAUAUAAUGAAGGCCUUUGAGGUGAUUGACAGGGUUGGAGAAAGGCUUGGGAUGAAGAUUUGUAGAUGA